AUGUACACAUACUAUGCGCUGAAAGCCUGUCGCAUACAAAUGGCCCGACAUGUCCGGUUUUGCUAUAACCCGGCCCUCAAUCGUGUCAAUGCAUACAUACCCGACAGCAAUGAAGACGAUGUCAAUAGAGCCGUAUUGGCCGCGAAAAAGGCGUUUGAAAGUUGGUCCAAAACUAGUGCCUCAGAUCGGGCCGCACUUCUCAAUCGAGUGGCAGUUCUUAUUGAGUUGAAUGCCAUGGAGUUGGCAAACCUCGAGAGCAUAGAUCAGGGAAAGCCUCUCUGGUUGGCCAACACAGUGGACAUCCCUCGCGCGGCACUUAAUUUCAGACAUUUUGCUAAUAGUUUACAAUACGAUACAAAUAUAUCCAUAACGGAUCCGGAGUCGGGUGUCAUUAACUACGAGACACAGGAGCCCAUAGGAGUGGCCGGUAUUAUAACGCCAUGGAAUCUACCCAUAUAUCUGUUGACAUUCAAGUUGGCGCCGGCACUGGCCUACGGAAACACCGUUGUGGCCAAACCCAGCGAAAUGACUUCAGUGACCGCCUAUAAGUUGUGUCAUUUGCUGGAGGAGGCGGGUGUGCCCAACGGUGUGGUCAAUAUGGUGUUCGGCUACGGACAGAAU